GUGCACAGCCUGCAGGAGCUGCGGCGCAGCGCGUCCCUGGCCACCAAGGUCUUCGUGCAGCGGGAUUACAGCGACGGGACCACGUGCCAGUUCCAGACAAAGUUCCCCCCUGAGCUGGAGAGCCGGAUCGAGCGGCAGCUCUUUGAGGAAACCGUGAAAACCCUUAACAGCUUCUACGCUGAGGCGGAGAAGAUUGGGGGCAGCUCGUACCUGGAGGGGUGCCUGGCCUGCGCCACUGCCUAUUUCAUCUUCCUCUGCAUGGAGACGCACUACGAGAAGGUCCUGAAGAAGAUCUCCAAGUACAUCCAGGAGCAGAAUGAGAAGGUCUAUGCACCACGGGGGUUGCUGCUCACAGACCCCCUGGAGCGUGGCAUGAGGGUUAUUGAGAUCUCCAUCUAUGAGGACCGGUGCAGCAGUGGCGCCAGCAUGACAGGAGCAGCGCUGGGGCAGGGAGGUGCCGGUGAAGGGGUGCUGCCCCGG